CACAGAUUCGCGUGCAGCUUGAUGCUAUUGAAUCCUCGACGUUGAGCAGUGGGAGCAGUGGGAGCCAAUGGAUCCGCGGUAAUCUGAUUGAUAUGCGCUGCGAAAGUGUCAGGCAAGGGUCGGUUCCGAUAUCAUAGCGGAUGCGUACAGUUCACCCAGGACUCGCUCAUCGAGUAUCCUCAGUUGUGACAGCAAGAAACUGCGCUAUGGCGGCUUAUUCAUUUAAAUAUCAUUUGGUUGGGGGUUAUAAAGGUAUAUCAAGAGCUGCGUCGUUCAGUGGAGCCCGGAAUCCCGCUCCAAGGCAAUCAAGACUUUCUUUCAUUGCAGGGAAGCUUGUUCCCUUUUCAGCACACCAAAUUCGCUGGUAUAUAGAGGGGCAGAGGUUUGCAUUUUCAACCGAGAACCUUCUACACUCCUCGAAAUGCAAGAUUGUUCUCCCGCCGGCGCGGCCUCUGGCUCUCCAAUCCUACCAAAUCCGAUGCACGGCGCUCUCCCCUCGACACCAGUCCACGGCUGCUCCUGCACACGGUUCCUCCCUUCCACCCUAUCAACCACCGACCAAUGGUCUUCUUUCGGUCCUACCCCCAUCCCUCAUUCCCUACGCCGAGCUCAUCCGCCUGGACAAGCCCACGGGGACCUACUAUCUAUUCUUUCCAUGCCUCUUCAGCACCCUCCUUGCCGCUCCCCUCGCCACCCCCAUCACACCCCCCUCCACCGUCCUAGCAACGACGGCGCUUUUCGCUACCGGCGCUCUCAUCAUGCGUGGCGCGGGUUGUACCAUCAAUGACCUCUGGGAUCGGAAUCUAGACCCACAUGUCGCCCGUACGAGGCUCCGACCGAUUGCUCGCCGUGCCAUCACCCCGUUUCAAGGUGUGGCCUUCUUCGGGGCGCAAUGCCUUGCGGGAUUAGGCGUCCUGGUGCAAUUCCCCACGGAAUGCUUAUGGUACGGCAUCCCCAGCCUGCUGCUCGUGGGGACGUAUCCGCUCGCCAAGCGGAUCACGCACUAUCCUCAGGUCGUCCUGGGCCUCGCAUUCUCCUGGGGUGGAAUCAUGGGGUUCCCGGCGCUGGGGGUCGACUUGCUGUCGAAUCCAAGUGCCCUCCAUGCCGCCGCUGCAUUGUAUGCGAGUUGCGUGGCGUGGACCGUGGGGUACGACAUGAUCUACGCACAUAUGGAUAUCAAAGAUGACAAAAAGGCGGGAAUCAAGAGCAUCGCGCUUCGCCACGAGAAGGAGACCAAGGGGGUGCUGACUGGCCUUGCCGCUGUGCAGGUCGGGCUAUUGGGUGCCGCUGGUUGGGCCGUUGGCGCCGGUCCCAUCUAUUAUCUUGGAACCUGUGGAGGUGCAGCAGCGACGAUGGGCAUUCAAAUCAUCAAAGUCAAAUUGGACAGCGUUGCGGACUGCUGGUGGUGGUUCAAAUGGGGUUGCUGGUUCACUGGAGGUGCGGUUACAACGGGGCUGCUUGGAGAGUACUUGGUGAGAUUCAAUGCUGAGGCGCAUGAGAAUCAGAAGCGAGAAACAUCGUUUUGAACUGUGUCUAUAAAUGUAUAACAUUGAGUAUAUUUCAUCCAUUUCCGCCAUUCAUAUGCAUUUU